AUGGAUCAUGAUCCAUCUGUAAUUGAUUUGACGGAAGACUCGCCGCCCCUUCUUGCACAGACGCGCAUGGGUCCCACCCGCCACGACACACCCCGUACCACGUCUGCACGACGUCAUCGAGCUAGAAACAGAAGAGACGCGUCUUCUGACGAGGAGGUGUCUAUUUUGGAUGUACGAGUAGCAACUCCCAACCGAAGGAGGCAAAGACGGACCGAAUCGAUCGACCGGUCUGGCCCACUGCUCGAAGCUCCACCGGGACAGAGAAUCCAGGAGGGCAUUCCUCCGGGCCCAUAUACCCGCCGACGACCGAGCUUGGAUACCCGCCCCACCACUGCGCACGCGUCGAACAGUCCACAUCGUAUGCAGCUCAUGGAGCGCCUUGAAAUGCUGGCGUCUCGCUACAUGGCUCGAGCAAACCAGCCACUUACCGUUGCCCCACAAACUCUGCUGCGUCCCUAUGCCCACGCUGCUACGCGUGUGCAAUGUGGCCAGCCAGUUCCAUCGAAACGAUUUAAUCCUGCGUGGACACAUCCGCUUGCUCCUAUGCCUGGAUUCUCGCAGAGCAUCGUCGAGCCGGCGAUUGAUGUCGAAGCUGUUUCUAGAGGUGAUCAUGAUGCUGUCGUGCCUAUGCCUAAUACCACGCCUAUAUGUGCGCGUUGUCACCGUGCACUUUUGAUGAAUGGUUCAGGCGAUGACCGCAUCUGGGCGCUGCCUUGUGGACAUGUGAUAGAUGGUCGAUGCGUCGCUCACUUGAGCAAUGCACCGUCGGGAAAGCCGCAUUUGUUUGUAUGCCCAGUGUCUGAAUGCAAGCAGCGCUGCCACCCUGAACCUGGUCAUAGUCAUUCCUGCAUUGAAGUGUAUAUUUAA